AUGUCUACCGACAGGAUUCUUGUUCUUAUCCUGUGUGUGAAGUUAAUAUUCACCUAUGUAGAAGCAGCUACCGAAUCCAAUGAUAUUGAUAAUGUGAAUUCUAUUCGUUUUCUACGAGAACAACUAGAAGAACUUAAAUCGGUCGUAAAUGAUUUAAAAAGGUCCAAUAAACAAUAUGCUUCUGAUAUUAAGGAACUGAAGAAAGCCAAAUAUAAAUGUGCAGCAAAAAUUGACAUUCUGGACAACAUCAUAAAACGAGGAAACAAUGAGUUUUCGCAGACAGAGACAGAAAAUAUGCCUGGUAAAACAGCCGUUAUUCCUGACGCAGCAGAUAAAGAAAAAUGGUAUCCAAACCUCAAUGGCUCCACGUCUAAAGACCAGUAUACUGCUGCGUAUAGAAACUUUCAAGAGACAGCUAAUUUGGAGAGACGAUCAGUAUCAGAAAAUCUUGCAUUUCAAGAGGUAAAUGCAUUUUACGCCUACAUGAGUGCUUCUGAGAACCAUCCCGGACAUCACCAAACGAUAAUUUUUGACGUUGCAAUCACAAACGCUGGUCAUGCCUAUAGCAAGAACAGUGGAAUUUUUACUGUACCAACCACAGGCAUCUAUGUUUUUACUUGGAACAUUGCUUCAGCAAUUCACGACUACAGCUAUACUGAACUAGUUGUAAACGCUACUCCAAGAGGUUUCAUUCACACCUGCUCUCUUAACGACGCUUGUGGAAGGGUGACAACGGGAAUAGUGGUAGUGGCAGUGAACCAAAGGGACGAAGUUUUCGUGCGAACCAAUUCCGUAUUUCCCAUUGUCGGAGGAAUACAUAGCGAUGGUGAUAUCCGCAGUUCAUUUGCUGGUUGGCAAAUUGCUUGA